UCGAGAGGCUGCAGGGAAGUGGUGGAAACCGGCGGUGACAAGUAGAUAUAGACACCUGGAUGUAACCAGCAGCUGCCCGCCGUCUGCUCGCGACGCUAAUGGCUAACAGACUGCUAACCGGAGAGUGUCCACAGCCCGACGCUUGUCAUAACCGGACCGGACCCAAGUUGAAGCUCAGUUCGGCCACCUCGGGCCUCCAGAAAAAUAAAAACGGCCUGCAUGAAAACACAAUGUGGAGAGCAGUCAGCUUAAUCACUGUCGGUAAUAUGGAUUUGUGCCCUUCAGUCUCCACAGUCAGCUUCCUGUCGAGUCGGUGGAGACAGCAGUGGCAGCAACGACAGUCUUUACCAUAAGAUAUCAAGGGGGCAAGGUUCCCAUAGCAACUGAUCUGAAUCCUAAUUAAAACAGGAGAUUUGAUUAAUUAGUUCAAUGAUGUGUGCGUGUGUGCGCGUGCAUGUUGCAUGGCGGCUCUAUGUGGCAUGUGUGUGGGAGUCAUGUUCAGUGCAGUGAAGGGGCCAAUGUCGGGCUUUAGCCCAUGGCUGCUGAGCUGAGAAGGAGAAGCCGGAGGAUGCAGUGGGUCACUCUUGCAGUGGCCCUGGGGUGUGUGUGUCUGUCCUGGGCGUCGCACACCCCCACCCCCACCUCCACACACACCCCUCUGGUAGACAACUCUGAGGAGGAGGUGGACGAGCCGUGCUUCGAGCCGUGCACGUGCGAGGUCAAAGAGGGCGUGCUCCACGUGCACUGUGAUGGGCGGGGCUUCACAAAUGUCACCCAGGUGUCACAGUCGUGGGUCCGCCCUUUCAAACUCAACCUCCAAAGGAACUCUCUGAGGCGUCUCUAUAGCAACGGGUUUCAGCACCUUGGCAACGCAGUGUCGAUAAACCUCGGCAACAAUGCACUCCAGGACAUCCGAGUGGGGGCUUUCCAGGGGCUGGCCAAACUAAGACGCCUGUACCUCCACGAGAACAAGCUGGAGGUCUUCAGAAAUGACACCUUCGCUGGAUUAGAGGCUCUGGAAUACCUCCAGGCCGACUACAAUGUGAUCAAACGAAUCGACAGUGGCGCUCUGAGGUUCCUCUACAAACUCCGAGUUCUCAUCCUCAAUGACAACCUGAUCCCUGUCUUGCCUGCUCAUCUGUUCAGAUCUGUGUCUCUGACUCAUCUGGACCUGCGGGGGAACCGUCUGAAGAGCCUGGCAUACGCUGGGACCCUGGAGUACGUUGGUCGCUCCCUGAUGGAGCUACAGCUGGAGGAAAAUCCAUGGAACUGUGGCUGUGAGGCCGUGCAGCUACAGCAGUGGCUGGGUCAGAUCCCGUACACGGCUGUCGUCGGGGACGUUACUUGCGAAUACCCCUUCCACCUUCACGGCAAGGACCUUAGGGAAAUUCCCAGGAAGGAGCUGUGUGCCGACCUGCCGGAUAAAGAGCUACAAACGGAGGGGGCUGGUUCCUCGGCAGGAUCCCAGCCUCAAAAUUUGCCUCCUCACUCUAAGCCCAACUCCCACCCUGGGCGAGUCCGGCCGACUAAACCCUCCUCUAUGGUGCACGGCUCCCGCCAAAACACUCACACCUCCUCCACGUCGUCGUCCUCUUCCUCAGCAGAGCGUAAAGACAGAGAGAGGCACCUGAGGCCGACUAAAAAGCCUCGGCCUUCUAGAAUAUCCCCCACUCCUCGCAGUCUGAUGCCAAACCAGAAUCCCCCCGUGGCCGGCUACCAAACACGACCCCCCAUCCCCAUCAUCUGUCCCCUGGGCUGCACUUGCAACCUGCACAUCACAGACCUGGGCCUGACUGUCAACUGCAAGGAGAGCGGCUUCCUCAACGUGUCGCAGCUCACACCUCGGCCCCUCAACGGCCGCAAGCUCUACCUGAGUGGAAAUUUAAUUCAGAGGAUCUACCGCACAGACUUCUGGAAUUUCUCCAGUCUCGACCUGCUUCACCUGGGGAACAACCGCAUCUCCUACCUCCAGGAGGGGGCCUUCUCCAGCCUGACGAGCCUGAGGAGCCUCUACCUGAAUAGCAACAACCUGGAGAGGCUCAGCCCCCACGUGUUCCUUGGGCUGCAGAAUCUGAGGUACCUUUAUUUUGAGUACAAUGAGAUCCGUGAGGUAGAUCCUGGGACAUUCGACUCCAUGCCGUCCCUCCAGCUGCUGUUCCUCAAUGCCAACUUGCUGCGGAGCCUCCCUCUUGGUGUUUUUUCAGGCGUUAAUCUGGCUCGCCUCAAUCUGAGAAACAAUCACUUUCUGCAGCUUCCCACGGAGGGCGUGCUGGAGCACCUAACCGGACUGGUACAGGUGGACCUGCAGCAGAACCCGUGGGAGUGCAACUGUGAAGCAGCGCCACUGAAGCGUUGGCUGGAGGGGCUCAGCGCGGUGGUGGUGGUGGGAGAGGUGGUCUGCCACUCGCCGGAGAAGACCAAAGGUAUAGAUCUGCGCUCCCUCUCCAUGGAGCUGCUCUGCCCUGAGCUGGAGCCCCAGGAGGACCAGGAGCAGGAGGAGCACACGGCCACUUCCACAGCCGCAGGCAGGGGUGUGUCGGUUGGCUACCCCGGCCCAGGGCUGGGCCCCCUGAUCCCUCCGGGGAAGGAUUCAAUCCCUCUGUCGGUGUUGGUGCUCAGCCUGCUGGUGUUGUUUGUCUCUGCGUUCUUUGCGGCGGCGGCACUAAUCGCCUACGCCCUGAGGAGGAGGGACAAGCUGCCAUUCCGUCGCCAGGGAGAGGUGGAUUUGGCCGGCAUCCAGAUGGAGUGCGGAAUCUUCACCGAGCAGACGCACCACCACCACCAUCACCACCACCACGGCCUCCCAGAGACGCCGCCUCUCCCUCCGCCAGAGCACAAUCACGUCUACGACACCAUCCUGCCCCCGGAGGUCGCGUCAAAGGGUCCCGACCCCGCUGCGGCUUCGCGCAUGUGUAGCAACCCAAUCUACAAAGAGGAACAGGAUGCCACGGUGAAACAGCGUCCACGGCAGCGACAGACAUUCGUAGCCCCCAAAGAGAGUGAGGGAGGAUACUGCCCUGCAGCAGAGAAGGAGAGGAAUUGGACUCUGGAGGUGUCCUCAUCACCCAUCAACACUGUCACAGGGGCGAUGGGAUCGCUCCCCGGCCUCCACGGGAACGGCAUCCUCUGCCCCACGGUGAUAGACAGCCAGGGCCCCACCCCUAAAGUCGAACUGGUGGACUGCCUCUUCAGGCUGCCCACCCCGGAGUUCCGAGACCUGCCUGACAGGUAUGCGAGGCCACCGCCCCGCUACCCUCACCCCCAAGACUCCAAACAGGACACCAGACCCGACCAAACGCUCGUGGUCACCACCGUCGGCUCCACAGCCGGCGGCAGUAACGGCAGCCAGAGCGAGCAGGGUGCGGGAGAGCAGAGAGCCAGACUGAGGACCACACCAGACUACAUGGAGGUGCUGGACCGCUCGUACCAGUUCUAACUGUCCUCCCACUCCUCCUGCUACCCCUCUACCCUUGUCUCCUCCUCAUCUCCCUCUUGGAUGAUGAAUCAUCUGGUAACAAUGACUCCUGUACAGAGGCUGGCGUGACUUUGAGAGGAGCCUGUGGGGGAGCAGGACCACACCACAUACUAUGUUUAUUCCUGGAUAACGAGCUGAGGUCAGUUUUUCUAUUUUCCCCAACGCCGGCAUAUGGGUUUGGCAAGGAUUUGCUGAUCCCAAAUCUCUGCCUGGAGGCAAAUCCUCAGCUGCAGCUCCUACAGUAUUAUUUUUUUCCCUCCAUUACACCUCACAAUUGUGAAGGACCAAGGCUCUGUUUUUCUACACAGUGCUACGAUGAGCGGGAGACGGUGUGGCGGCAGUGGUGGUGGGCGUUUAAGUUCAUGUUAUCCCUCUCAAAAGACCCCGGUGGAGGUGAAAAGACACCAGGUCUGUGCAACAUCCAACACCGAGUCACAAACUGUGACAGUCAGUCGGAAAGUGUGGAGCGAGCUGGGUGGACACAUGCGGACGGAGAAAAACGACAGACAUUACUGAAAUCAGCCAAGUGCCUUAGCAAUGAACAGCCAGCAAUGUGGUCAAUGCUUAUUUUUCUAUGAAUACAGAUCUAUUUAUCUAAACAAAGAGGUUUGACUACCAACGGAUGGGACGCUGAUGGACGACUGAGACUAAAAACCAAUCAAAGCCGCAGAAUAUUUGCAUUCCCUGGAUGAGCCAAAAAUAAUAAUAUACCCAGUCAAUAUUGGAGUUGUUUGUAUGCAGUUCAGUUCAUUGUCAUCUCAUCCAGUUAACUUAAUUUGCUUAUCCAGUUGAAUUUUUCACAGAGCUAGACGAGGGACUUAUCCGUGAAUGGUUGGUUGCUGUGCGAAAUUAUAUACAUAUAUAUUUAAAUAUAUAUUAAAAGAAGCUUCUGGUUUUAUGGAGGAAAAGGGAAAAUAUCCUUAUUUUUGGAAUGCAAGACGAAACAAAGGAUGGCUGACACACAGAGAGACAUUGUGGCUACGGAUGCAUUUUUUGAUUUCCUGAUCAGCUAGACUUAACGGGGCCACGAGGACCUCUACUCCAUGUUUUCUUUCAUCGGGAUAAAGGCGUCGAGGUUAUUGUAUUGAUUUUUGAAUAUUUCUCAGAAGAAAAUUGAACGGCAAAAAAGGGACAAAAAACAGGAAAAGGGGGCGUUCCUUUUUUUUUUUAUUUGUCAAAAAAACAAAACAAAACACAAAAAAAGACGGACACUUCUAUCCACUUAUUGAUUAUCUUUUACGGAGGUACCUUUUUAUGCUUUCAUCUCCUACCAAUAGUAGAGGCAGUUGUGAAUAUAUUUAUUCUUAGUUUUUGCGUGUUGAAGCUCUCCUGUGAGGGAUCAUGUUAUAUUAAUGUAUAGGAUGAUUCUGCAUCUGGUUUAGCCUUCUUACCGCCGACCCACGAAAUACAAUAAAGGGUGCUACGUAAAAAAA